UGGGCCACAAGUCGCGGUAGGUACAGGCAGGUACAGGCACUCGAAGUUCUGUCUGCGCAAAACAACACGAACACCAACGACCAACGACCAGGACCAGGACCAGGACAAGGAAAACCACUGACGAACCCUCCCUUCCUCCCUUUCUGCUGUUCUCUAUCGCACAAACAGGCGGUUUGGUCACGAAUUUAUGGUACGUGCGACGCGUUGUGCCGUGUUGUGUUGUGCCGUGUUGUGCCGUGCCGUGCAUCCAUGGCGGGUCGCGCGGCAAGAGACCGUUGCGGAUCGUCCGUCUGCCCAGCAGAGCCUUCGUUCGGCGGUUGUUUUCUAAGCAUCCAAGCAUUCCCUUCUUCCUUCCGCUGCCCUUCCCCCUUGUCACAGGAGUUCGAGGUCUGCCCCAGCGGCAAACUCCGCUACGCCAACAACAGCAACUACAAGGACGACAGCAUCAUCCGGAGGGAGGUCUGCCUCGGGACGGCCGUGGUGGAGGAGCUCAAGCGGAUCGUCCGGACCAGCGCGAUCAACUCGGUCGACGACGAGGAGUGGGAGGAGCCGACGGCCAAGGGGGGCCGCCGGUGGGAGCUCGAGAUCAAGAUCGGGAACGAGCACAUCUGCUUCGGCUGCGCCGAGAUCACCAGCCUGGCCGACAUACGGGACUCGUCCGAUCCGAGGGGGCUCACCAUCCUCUACUACCUCACCCAGGACCUCAAGUGCCUGGUCAUGAGCCUCAUCCACCUGCACUUCAAGGUCAAGCCGAUUCCCUUCUGAGUACGAAGGCGGGGCAGACGCGGCGUCGAACAAC